UGUCCCUGUGGAAUCAGCAAUAAUGCUUCUUUUUUCCUCUGUUAUCUCUGUUGGGGGAAGGGGACAUGCUGCGACCGCGUGCCAGUAAUCUUGGCUUUUGGACAUGAAUGCCCUUGUCUCCUCCAUCCAUCCCACAAAUAACCCCACAAGCGAACAGCCUCUCUUUUCUCUUCCCUUGCACUGCAAGCGGCGUUUCUGCUCCCCAGGAACAUCUUCCAUUACACGUAGCCGGAGCGGCACACCCGUUUCUCUCUUUCUGUGUCUCUUGUUGUACGAGUUCAGAGAGAGAGAGAGAGAGAGAGAGAGAGAGAGAGAGAUUAUAGAUGGGUGUCGGAACGAGCACGUUUGUCAUCAGAUGGAUCAACUUCAUCACUAUGCUUUUGGCUAUAGCUGUUAUAGGGUUUGGCGUGUGGAUGAGUACUCAUGAUGACAACUGCCGAAAGUCCCUCACUCUUCCUGUUCUGGGUCUUGGGGCAUUUAUAUUCAUAAUAUCAAUAAUCGGCUUUCUUGGUGCAUUGAAGAACAACUCGAUACUGUUGUGGGCUUACUUGAUAUUGUUAUGCCUGAUAUUGGUGGGAAUCCUUGUGUUCACCGUGCUAGCCUUCAUUGUGACAAACAAUGGUUCGGGGCACAGCGUAGCCGGUUUAAGGUACAAAGAGUAUCAACUUCAGGAUUACAGUUCAUGGUUUCUAAAACAAUUAAACGAUGCCCAUAACUGGGAGCGCUUGAAGAGUUGUCUUGUGAAGUCUGAGGACUGCAAUGACUUAUCGAAGAAAUAUAAGACUCUCAGACAAUAUAAAUCAGCAAAAUUAACCCCAAUUGAAGCUGGUUGUUGCCGACCUCCAUCUGAAUGUGGUUACCCUAGCAUGAACGCGUCGUACUAUGACUUGAGCUACCACCCCGUUAGUUCCAACAAGGACUGCAAGCUCUAUAAGAACUCCCGAGCUGUGAAGUGCUACAAUUGUGAUUCGUGCAAGGCUGGAGUUGCUCAGUAUAUGAGGAUUCAGUGGAGGGCGGUUGCAAUUUUCAACGUUAUCCUGUUCGUUCUCUUGUCAGUGAUUUAUUUCAUCGGAUGCUGUGCGAGGCAAAAUGCUGCCCGGAACCGCUCUAAAACUUGAGAAAAAAUAGGCUUAUAAUUGGAAAAAGGACUCGCUGUUGCCAAAAGUCGAGUUCUCUUCAAACAAGAUUAUCUGAGAGCGAGCCAGUGUCAUUCUUUUACACUAGAUAAUAUGUCGGGUUUGUUUCUUCAUCGAGAUUUCUUUUGCGAAUGCAAACAUGUUCCUUGUGAGCUUGUAGUCGAAGUAUGAAUUGAAAACAUUUGAAGGUUUCAAAUGCUUCUGUAAUUCAUCUGUUGUUGUCUUGUGGAAGGAAUAUUCAUUCGUUAAUGUAAGUCGACUUCAUCUU